AUGAUAAUUCCAGAUCUGGAGUUUUCAAGGUCGAAUUUGACCGAAAGCCCAUACAAGAUGAAAUUUGAUAUAGUGAUUAGGAAAAACAAUGUGAAUGGUGAGAAUGAGAAAAACGAGUGGUUACCACAUGAAUUUGAAAAGAGGAUGGAAGGAAAAGGGCUAAUUAUUAGGGGAUGGGCACCACAAGUGCUAAUUUUGGAUCAUGAGGCUAUAGGAGCAUUUGUGACUCAUUGUGGGUGGAAUUCAACCUUAGAAGGCAAAUCAUGCGGGGUUUCUAUGGUAACUUGGCCAGUAUUUGCCGAACAAUUUUUGAAUGAAAAAUUGGUGGUAGAGAUACUAAAGACUGGGGUUGGGGUUGGUGUUGGUGUUGUUAAGCAAUGGAACAUAAUGGUGGAGGGGAAUGUGAAAUGGGAAGAUAUAAAAGAGGCUAUAAGAAAAGUUAUGGUGGGUGAAGAGGCUUUGGAGAUGAGAAGUCGGGCAAAGAAGUUGAAAGAAUUGGCAACAAUGGUAGUUGAAUUGAAGUUGGUGGAUCAUCACAUUGUAGCAUGCAAUCCUUACUACAUGAAUUGA